CUCUCAGCUUUCGAUUCCUCCCCUUGCCCCCCCUCCGAGGCCCCCUUGUUAAAAGGGUGGCCCCAGUGGCUGGGGAGGCCCUGCUGCCAGCAUGGGGGGGCUGCGUAGCCUUGGACUGUGCCUGGCUUUGUGCUGCGGUGCCGUGAUUGGUUCUGCAGUGCCUGCCCAGCUCUCCGGCGGCCAUUCCCGAUGCCAGGGCCGCGUGGAGCUGCUGCAGGCUGGCUCCUGGGCCUCGGUCUGUGCCGUGGGCUGGGACCUUGCAGCUGCCCGCGUCCUGUGCCGCCAGCUGGGCUGCGGCCGCCCCCGUGCCGUCCCAGUGCCCUGCAGCCCACCCAUGGCUGAGGGGAACACGGUGGGUCUGCGUCAGGUGCUGUGUGCAGGGCAGGAGCUGGACUUGGAGCACUGCGAGCUGCAGCCAGGUGACGCUGCGUCCUGUCCGUCCAACCACGUGGCUGCUGUCAACUGCGAGGAGCCCUUCAGGCUGCGGCUGGCCGGGGGGCCCAGGCGCUGUGCGGGGCGGCUGGAGGUGCAGCGAGCCGGGCGCUGGGGCACGGUGUGCGAUGACGGAUGGAGAGGGGCCAACACGGCUGUGGUGUGCCGGGAGCUGGGCUGCGGUGAGGCGCAGGGCAUGGAUGGGAAGCGGCCACGUUUCGGGCCCGGCGUUGGGCACAUCUGGCUGGAUGACGUCCGAUGCCGAGGGCAGGAGAAGAGCCUGCAGGACUGCGCACAUCGUGCGUGGGGAUAUCAUGACUGCACCCAUCGCGAGGAUGUCGGAGUUGUAUGCCAGGAUCCCUGAGCAUCAUGGCGCUGUCCCCACCAGUGUCAGGAACUGCAUCUGUCCCUCCUGCAGCAUCUGUGUGAGGAACCCAAACGGGACCCCGAGCCCAAGCAGGACUGCAACUCAAACAAAUCCUGAGUGUAAACAGGAUCUAAAGCCAAACAGAACUCUGAGCCUGAGCCGAACUCUCUGCCCAAACAGGACCCAAAAUACAAACAGGACUCCCAAAACCAGACAAGAUCCACAAUCAAAAAGGACCCAGAGCCCAAAGGAAACCAUACAUCCAGCCAAGACCCAGAGUCUAAACAGAACCUAAACCCAAACAGAAUCCAGAGCCCAAACAGUAUCCCCUGCCCCAAAAGGAUCCUGAGUCCAAACAGAACCCAAAACCAAACAGGUCCCCAAGACUAACCAGGACUCAAAAUAUAAACAGGACCCCUGAACUCAGGACCCAAAACAGAACAGGUCCUUAAGCCCAAACAAGAUCCCACAUCCAGACAAGACCCAGAGCCCCAAAAGAAUUCUGAGCCCAAACAGGACCCGAAACCAAACAGGCCUUCAUUCCAAACAGAACCCAAAAUACAAACUCCCAAACCUAGAUAGGACCCAAAAGCAAAAAGGACCCAGAGCCCAAACAAGACCCCACAUCCAGACAGGAUCCAGAGCCAAACAGAACCCCAAACCAAAUAGGAGAGCACAAACAGAGGAGCACAAUCAGGAUUCCCUGUCCAAAGAGAACUCCCAGCCCAAAAAAGACUCAAAAUACAAGCAAGACCCCCCUAAAUCCAGGCAGGGUCAAAAAUCAGAAAGCAUCCAGGUCCUCAGCCCCAUCUGCUGCCACCCCCCACCCCAGCCCUAUUCCUUUAAUAGUGUCAUUAAAAGCGAGCAGCAUCCAUGAA